CAGGCAUCGAGCUCGCUUCCGCCUUCCUUUUUCUUCUUUCAACUGCGGCUAGUACGCUCCCUUGUUCAAUCGAGAAGGGGAAGCGGUGGAAUCGGAAUGGAUCAGAACACGCCGGUGAGGAAGUCACACACCUCCACUUCCGAUCUUCUCACGUGGUCGGAGACGCCUGUGCCAGCAGCCGAUCAGUCGGUGUCGGCUAACCGGCGAACUUUGAAGCCGGCGGGAGGGAUCAGCCCAGUCAUGUUCGGGGCGCAGUUGUCCGCGGAGGAGGAGGAGAGCGUGAACAAGAGGAAACCCUGUUCCAGCUCAAAAAUGAGAGAAAUGACUGGUAGUGGCAUAUUUGCAGUGGACAAUGAGAACGAGGUGAUAGAAUCUGGUAAUGCUGUCCCAAAUCCUAAUAAUAAGACCACUGUUCGAAUUUGUCAGCAAGCAGUUAAUGCGAUUAGCCAAAUCUCAUUUAGCACUGAAGAGAAAGUUUCUCCAAAGAAGCCUACAUCAAUUGCCGAGGUUGCAAAGCAGCGAGAGCUAAGUGGAACCACUGAGAAUGAAUUAGAUACUAAAGUCAAGAAGCAACUUUCUGAAGCAAAGUCUAAAGAACUUAGUGGAAAUGACAUAUUUGGUCCGCCCCCUGAGGUUCCAGCUAGGCCUUUAGCUGCUAGGAAUCUGGAACUCAAAGGGAACUUGGAUUUUGCACUUCCACAGCCUCGAAACCUACAUACAUCUGUUAAAGUAUCCAAUCCAGCAGGAGGUCCUAGCCACAUCACCUUCAGUGAUGAAGGCGUCAUCAAAGAAACCAAGAAGAUCCACACACAGAAGUUUCAAGAGUUGACGGGCAAUGACAUAUUCAAAGAAGAUGCACCCCCAGGUUCAGCUGAGAAGCCGCUGAGUGAGGCAAAGCUUAAAGAAAUGAGUGGAAGUGACAUCUUUGCCGACGGAAAGGCUGCUUCACGGGACUAUUUUGGUGGAGUCCGCAAGCCGCCUGGUGGUGAAAGCAGCAUUGCUCUGGUUUAGCUAAUUCUAACACCACUCUUUACCACAGUUGGGCAUUAAAAUUUGAAACUCUAUUAUCUGGAGGGAUUUGAGACAUGGCAGGAUUAGUGUGUGAUAAUGUUGAAGUUGUGUGCCCCUAAUGACUGAACCUUGUCGGAUGUUUGGAUCAUCACUGAACUUCUGUAGUGGUACUAGUUUAGUGGAUUGGGAUUCUGAUCAUGUUUUAUAAACUGCACGAAUGGAAGCUUUCCAGUCGAUUUAGUUUUCA